CACACUCAAAAUUUCCACCCAAAUAAACAGUUGCCCUAGAAAUACAAUAGAUAUUCAGCACACACACACACACACACACUUGUUUCUUUGUUCCUUUCUUUCUUUUGAUCUUGCGGUGUUAGUUAGGGUUUUUGUUCGUACGGUUCAUGGCGGAAGAAGAUGAUUACGAGAGUGAUCCGGAGCAGACAAACCUUUCUCUGCAGAUGCGGCGGAGGACGGAGGCCAGUGAUGAUGAAGACGACGACGACGCUGACGUCAGUGAUGCGAGGGUUAGGGAGACUGUCAUCGACUCUAGGGUUUCGGAUUAUGAAUCUGAUGAUCAAGGUGCACCUGCAGAAUAUAAUGAUGAUGAAGAUGAAGAAGAAUUUGAAUUACUUGAGGAGGAAGUUGAGGAAGAUGAAGUUGAAGGUGUUAUUGAGGGAAAAUCUGUUGGAGUUGAAAGGGAGAAUGAUCAUGUUGAUCAGUAUGAUGAUAAUGUGAAUGGAGGAGUGGAGGAGCAAGGGGAGAAGAAGGAGAAUGAGCCGUUUGCUGUGCCGACGGCUGGGGCGUUUUAUAUGCAUGAUGAUCGGUUUAGAGACCGUGCUCGCGGUAGACACAGGCGAACUCUUGGCGGUAGGAAAUUGUGGGAGUUGAGUGAUGACAGCAAAUGGGGCCAUGACAAAUUUGAAGAAAUGACCACACAGGAUAGGCAUGACUAUGAGCAUAGAAGGGUUCCCAGGGGUCGUAAUCGAGGUCGCGGUAGAAACCGAGGUGAAGGUCGUGGAUCUUCUAAAAAUUACAACAACAACAACAAUAAUAAUAAUAAUCAAACUGGGCCAAAAUCUGUAAGAGGUCGAGGCCCAAGAAGAUAUCAGUCUUCUACACAAGACACCUUUGAGGCUCCUGCACAAAGACGACAGCCUGCCAAAACAAUGGAGACAACGUCUCAUGCAAGUUCAGGAAGAGCGUCUGCCGCCACAUCAGCAUCAGAGCCCGCUCAAGUCACCGUUAGAAAUAAUGUUGGUGCGUCAAGUUUGAAUUCUGCUUCUCCACCAUUUUAUCCUUCGGGUUCUACCAAAGAUGCUCAAAGUGGAUCACUUAAUCGGGGUCCACGUCCUCCCGUCAUGGCAGAAAAUUAUCCUAUUUCUCAGUCCAAUGUUUCACGGGGAAGAAAUGUUUCGGUUUCAUUAGGUAUGGACAAGCUUCAUAUAGAUGAUUCAAUCUCUAAGCCUCGAGUCCCGCAAGUGGCCUAUCAACCGGUGUCAUCUCAUAACGUAAAUAAGCGCAAUCUCCAACCUUCUAGUCAGCAGUUUGGGGCUCGAUCUGCUAGUGGGUCCCGAGCUUCUUCUUCGCCGAAAACAUCCGGUCCUGCACAUGGUCUUGAAUCUGUAGAUCUGGAAUCUUCCGCAGAAUCUAAUGAUUUUAAGACUGCAAUGGUUGGAAAAGGAAAAGGCGGUAUCACAAGCAAUGGAAUGAGCUCGUUUUCUUAUGGUGAUGAAAAUUUUUCUGGAGCUUCAUCAUUUCUGCCAGUUAUGCAAUUUGCGGGCCAGCGUCCUCGUGGUCUCGGAGUUCCUGCUGUUGGCAUGGCUUUUCCGGGCUAUGUUGGUCAGCCCAAUGGGAUGGGAAAUUCAGAGAUGACAUGGUUACCUAUUUUGGCUGGUGCCGCUGGAGCUUUAGGUGCUGCUGGACUAGGUGCACCAUACCACCCGUAUUUCACAAUGGAUGGCGCUUAUAACACUCGUUCAUCCGGCCAACCGGCUUCACUAGCUCCUCCUAUAAACAAAGACAGUAAUAUGGAUAAAUCUAGCAGUGAAGUGAAGCCUUCUCAGAAACCUGAGGUUGAAAAGGAUGAGUUAAACUUAAGACAACGGCAAAACAAAGCUCGCAGAUACACUGAAAUGAAGUUUGAUAAGUGAAGUAUGAAAUAGGUCAAAAAGCUAUUGAAAUUGGCUGAGAAAGACCACUUUCCAACUGAAAAGUUCCUUGUUCUGAGUGCUACUUGUGGUGGUGCAGGCCACUUUGGGCGGCUGCUGUAUUCCCCAAUUAUAUACGGUAUGUAUUUGAAAUGCCUGCUCAUGCUGCAUUCUCAUAGUAAAAGAAUGCAGUCUGACAGGUGGCAGGACUUUUUCUUUUUGGAUGCGAGGUUUAUUCUGGCUUGUUUCUAUAACUUUUAUUUGGUGAAAGUUUUUGGCAAGGCCCUCUAUGUGGGUGAAUAGUAUAAAGACGAGAUACCGAGCGGUGACUGUAGUUUAGUAAAACUUUUUUUUUCUAGCUGUAUUUGUUUUUUUAACCUUUUGUACCUGUUUUACCUACUUUUGAUGACUCUCAUGUUUGGGGUUGAGUUGCCAUGCAGCGUGUUUGGAGACGUGUUUUUGUUCAUCUUUAUCGUUCAUGGGAUGGAUUUGCAAUAAAUGAUAACUUUGUUCUUGUUCA